CUCUGGUUAUUUGACGUCAUUUUGUAGUCCAUUUGACCUCGGACGCCGGUGGAGGAUCCAUUUGCCGCUGUUAGCUAAAAAAAGUUGUGUAACUACGAAAAGUUGUGUAAUAAGAGAAAACAAAAGGACAUCGCUCGAGACGGAUCUGCUUUCGUACGUGUCAAAGGGGGCCUGUACGGAUACUUCCGCCCUCUAACUGCUUUUUGGGGGGGUCAUUUUUCCAGGCUAAAUAAUGUUUUCUUUAUCCACGUCGUUUCAGCCACAGCAGAUGGUAGUGCCUUUAAGUCAGGUCAUCAACGCCUUCCACUCCCUGAAGAACUCGGCCACAGCUUCAGUGAAAACCCUCCACACAGACUUCUCUGCAGAGCAGACUUCUUACCUGAAAGAGCCGAAUGUGAGUCUCAGGGAUCUGGGUCUGUCUGAGAUCCGGACCGGUCAUCUGGACGAGCUGGUCAGAAGGUUACUACCUCCACCGGGACCGGAGGAGCCGCCCGCCGCCGCGUCCACAUGGAAGACCAGCCAUGUUUCUACCACCAGCUUCUUCCACAACAAGCACGGUUUCUCCCAGAGAAGCUCGCUGCGUCUCGGCUCUCCGGUUUUCCACCGCAGCCCCCUGAAGGAGCUCUGUCAGCAGCUCCACCUCCUUCCCGUGUCGGUUCAAAGGCGGGGCUUCAAGACGCUCCGAACAAAGAGCAGGCGGGGGGAGUCGGGUUACGACGGCCCUGUGGAGUCGGAGGCGUACACGCCGGCUUUCAUGAAGGGAUUACUCCUGAGGGACAAAGGAGCUGAAGCGCACUCGAUCGAUCAGGUGGUGAAACAACGAAACCUCCCAGAGAACCAACACGAGGCCUUCAAGACCGGCUUCACCGACGGGUUCAUGAGGUCGCAGGCUUUAACCCAGAGAGCACAAGACGCGCUGAGGAGAACCAGGCUGAUCCUGCUGGUCCUCCUCCUCAUCGGCCUCUACGGCCUCUCCAGAACCCCCUUCUUCUCUGGUAAAGGCUCCUUUUCUGAUGCUGUGAGGUUUCGCACCACGUCGGGUCUGGACUCGGCGGUGGACCCCAUCCAGAUGAAGAACGUGACCUUCGAGCACGUCAAAGGCGUAGAGGAGGCCAAGAACGAGCUGCAGGACGUGGUGGAGUUCCUGAAGAAUCCUCAGAAGUUCACCGUUCUGGGCGGAAAGCUACCAAAAGGGAUUCUCCUGGUCGGCCCUCCAGGAACAGGGAAAACUCUUUUGGCUCGAGCCGUGGCCGGAGAGGCCGACGUUCCUUUCUACUACGCCUCCGGGUCGGAGUUUGAUGAAAUGUUCGUGGGCGUCGGCGCCAGUCGCAUCAGGAAUCUUUUCAAGGAAGCCAAAGCCAACGCCCCCUGCGUCAUCUUCAUCGACGAGCUGGACAGCGUCGGUGGGAAACGGAUCGAGUCUCCAAUGCAUCCGUACUCCAGACAGACCAUCAACCAGCUGCUGGCGGAGAUGGACGGAUUCAAACCGAACGAAGGCGUCAUCGUCAUCGGAGCCACCAACUUUGCAGAAGCUUUGGACAAUGCGCUGGUGCGGCCCGGGAGGUUCGACAUGCAGGUGACCGUCCCCCGUCCGGAUGUGAAAGGACGCACAGAAAUCCUUAAAUGGUACCUCUUCAAGAUCAAAGUGGACCCAGCCGUCGACCCGGAGAUCAUCGCCCGGGGAACCGUGGGCUUCUCGGGGGCGGAGCUGGAGAACCUGGUCAACCAAGCAGCCCUGAAGGCGGCGGUGGACGGGAAGGAGAUGGUCACCAUGAAGGACCUGGAGUUCGCUAAAGACAAGAUCCUGAUGGGUCCUGAGAGGAGAAGCGUGGUGAUCGACAAGAAGAACAAAACUAUCACGGCGUACCACGAAUCAGGGCACGCCAUUGUCGCCUACUACACCAAAGAUGCAAUGCCCAUCAAUAAGGCCACCAUCAUGCCCAGAGGACCCACUCUCGGCCACGUGUCCAUGCUGCCGGAGAACGACCGCUGGAGCGAGACGCGGGCGCAGCUGCUGGCUCAGAUGGACGUCAGCAUGGGCGGCCGCGUGGCGGAAGAGCUCAUCUUCGGAAACGAGAACAUCACCACGGGAGCCUCCAGUGACUUUGACGGAGCGACCAAAAUCGCAAAGAUGAUGGUGACCCGGUUCGGCAUGAGCGAUAAGCUGGGAGUCAUGACGUACGGAGAUGUUUCCAAGCAAAGCCCCGAGACUCAGGCCGCCAUCGAGCAGGAAGUGAGAGCGUUACUGAAGGACUCGUACGAACGCGCCAGAAACCUCCUGAAGACCUACAGUAAGGAGCACAAGACGCUGGCGGACGCUCUGCUGAGAUACGAGACUCUGGAUGCCAAAGAGAUCCAGAUGGUUCUGGAGGGGAAAUCUCUGGACCACUGACCCCCCGCAGACGUCGGGCUGUAAAUAUGACACUGUGCAGCGGGGGGGCCUUCCGUUCGCUUUUUAUUUCUCUCAAUGUGAAAUGGUGGCUCCGCCUCCUCAUCAGCUUUUCUUUUUGUUUUUUUUGAGGCACUUUAGAUUAAGUUCUUCAUCAUCGACUUUUGUCUUUCUCUUUCAAUCAGCUGUUGUCUUCUUAUUUAUUAAAGUGCCCAAAGGUGUGUCCUCUGUUUCCUGAAGUACUGAUGCAUCCUCUCAGAGCAGCUGGGACUCGAGGAGGAGAAGCGUGUAAAUAUGAACAAACUCAUGGAAUCGACUCGGUGCUUCUGUUACUUGACUCGAAGGCCGCUCAGGCGCAAAUAAAGACAAGUGGUCAAAAAAGAGAAA